AUGGAAGAAGAGAAGAAGCAUCACUUCUUUCACCACAAUGAGGAAGAUGUACCCGUAGACCAUGAGAAGGAAGAGAAGCACCAUAAACAUCUCGAGCAUCUCGGUGAACUCGGUGUUGCUGCUGCCGGCGCCUAUGCCUUGCAUGAGAAGCACGAGGUGAAGAAGGAUCCGGAACAUGCCCAUAAGCACAAGGUAGAGGAAAAGAUUGCGGAAUCAAUAGCUGUUGGAGCGGGCGGGCUCGCUUUCCAUGAAAAACAUGAGAAGAAGGAGGAGAAAGAAGCGAUGAAAGAAGCCGAAGGCGAGAAGAAACAUCACCAUGGCCUAUUCUAG